AUGUCUUCAACUGUAGCAGUUCAAACUCCAAAUGCUGCACAUAAUUUGGAUAAAAAUGAACUUUAUUCAAUUGGUCCUAAUUUUUGGAAUGUUCGUGGUCGUUUUAAAAUUUUAAAAUUAGUUGAUAUUGAAACACAAAUGUCAAUAAUACAAUUACGUAAUGGAAAAUUUCUUGUUAUUGAUACAGUUGAAAUGAGUGAUCGUCUUCGACAAGAAAUAAAUCAAUUAACAAAUAAUGGUGAAAAUAUUGAAGCUGUUAUAGGUACACAUCCAUUUCAUACAUUAUCAUUUCCAGCUUUUUAUCAAGCAUAUCCAAAAGCAGCUUACUAUGGAACACCAAGACAUUUACGUCGAUUAACAGAAAUUCCAUGGAAAGGAGAUCUUAAUGAUUGUAAUAUUAGACAAAAAUGGGAACCAGAUGUUGAAAUGCGUAUUCCAGCAGGAGCUGAAUUUAUUAAUCCUCAACCUGAAUCAUCAAAUCAUUUUAUAUGUGUUUUUGUUUAUCAUCCAACAUCUCGUACUCUUCAUGUUGAUGAUACAAUUAUGUAUGCUGAAAAACCUGGUUUUUUACUUAAAUUAUUUGGUUAUAAACAUGGUGCAAUGGCAUUUCAUCCAUCAAUUAAAAGUUCUGGUCUUUAUCCAACAAGUGAUGCACCACAUAUAUUUCGUGAUUGGAUGCGUAAUAUGUUACGUGAUUGGCCUUUUGAAAAUAUUUGUUGUGCACAUAUGGGUAUUAAAAUUGGUGGAGCACAUGCUGAUGUUACGACAUUACUUAAUAGUGCUGAACCUUUAUUUGCUAAACUUAGUGAAAAAAAUCGAAAAAAAAAUCCUGGAGAUGAAAUACCACCUGAUAAUCAUUCACAUAUGAAUGUUAGUGGACAUGAAUGUGGAUAA